AUGAGGAACAGGGCUACCAACACCUUGUCGAAAGGCAAACUCCGUCAAUCAUGGAGCAAAUACAAUCUGUAUAACAUGUCCCGAUUCCGCAAUCCGCCUACCGUCAACCGCACUUUCUUCCAGCAGAAAUGGUCAGCCAAGGCUGUUUCCCGUGCUUACCACGGUGAGCAGGUCGGUGAAGGCCAAUGGAAGCGCAUGUUCAACCACCGCAUCCGCAGUGUCAUCCCCAUGAAUACCUACGACUUGGCCGCGGAUGAUGGAUCUGUCUUCUCAGCCGGUCGUGGUUCUGGUCUCGACAAAGAAGGAAAGCCUGCUCACCAGGCCCGCCCUAUACCCUACACAUCAAUGGCUUUUGCGCCCCUGGAACGCCGAUUGGACGUUGCCAUCUUCCGCGCUCUGUUUGCCAGCAGUGCCCGACAGGCCCGACAGUUCGUGAUCCAUGGAGCCGUUACAGUCAAUGGCCAGAAGAUGCGACACCCCAGCUACCUCCUUAACCCCGGUGACCUUUUCCAGGUCGAGUCGGACCGCGUUAUGUUCGCUACCGGUGCCACAAAGACUCCACGCGAGCGUCGUAACAGCCGCGUUGCGCGACGAAAGAAAUCCGCGCCCAAAGAGGAGGUCGAGAAAGUCACUGAGGUUGAUGAGGCCGCUGAGAAGGACGAAGCCGAGCCCACAGAAACCAAGCCGAGAAGCAACAAGGAAACUCUCAUGCAUCUUAUGUCUCGAGCCAAGAACAUCAUCUCCACCAGCAAGGACACCCUUCCCGCAAAGCGCAAGGCAGAACUCCGCGGCUUCGGGAGGACCGUCCGCCGCGUCCUCUCUCGUUCCGAAUCCUCCACCGUCCUCACCGACAGCCUGGAAGCACAAUUCUCGCAACUAACGCUUCUACUGGAUGCCAAGCGUGAGAAGAAGCCUUCAAAGGACUCCAAGAAGGACAGGGAGAACAAGGAGCUUCAGAAUGAAAAGGACGCCGCCGCCGCCACUGCUGCCGCGGAGGCCGCCCCUAGCGACAAGCUCUCCGAAGCCUUCGACCAAGCCACUCGCGGCGAAGACGUCGACUCCUCCGAGCUCAGCGAUGAAGAAUUCGACACCCUCAAGCGCGCUCUCACUCAGAUGCGCGAUAACCCCGUCGACCACCUCAAGCCCUACGCCACUCCCUGGCGGCCACGUGAAUACAUGUCUGCCUUUGCCUUCAUUCCUCGCUACCUUGAGGUCAACCAGAACAUUUGUGCUGCCGUCUACCUGCGUCACCCGGUGGCUCGCCCCGGUUCUGCCGAGGUUCCCACUCCCUUCGGUGAACAGGUCGCUACCCCGGCUUACGGUUGGUACUUGAGGAGACGGUGGUAG